CAAACAAGAAUCAUGGAUCUCUCUUAUUAUUCGACUAGUCAUCAUGAAAAUGCAACAAAAGAAGAGCUAUUAAGUAGAUCCAACAAAUGUGUCCAAACACCCUGCACCCUGCACCCUCCUCUCAUAAAUCACAAUGGAGCUACCAAAAACCAUCAACAAAACCAACCCAAACCCAAAAGAAAAUUUAAAAAAGAAAAGAAGAAGGGUAACAAUAAAUUUUAGGAAAACAAAGAAUACACAGAUAUACUAAUUAAUCUAAAUCUACAUAAAUUAAUUUCAAAGGACAGCCUGUGUUCUAAGCAAGGACUAGCGCAACUCCACCCAAGAAUGCCACCAAGGCCAUGCUAAUCCCAUGAACAAAAGCACCUGAGUCUGGACUGGAUGCGACUGGGGCUGGUGUCUGUGCAAUGGAGGAUCCUGGAGGUGAGCCGGGUCCCGGUACAGCUGGUGCAGGUGGUGUGUUACUUUCUGGGCCUGGACUUACUGGGCCUGGGCUUACUGGGCCUGGGCUUGUUGGGCUUGGGCUGGUUGGGCCUGGGCUUGUUGGGCUACUUGGUUCCAUAGGUGGGGUGGCAGCAGUUGGUGGUGUAGCCACCGUGGACGGGGGCGUUGCGGUGGUUGGUGGGGUGGCUGAGGUGGUGGGAGGAGUAGCUCCAACGGUACUAGGCGGCGGCGAUGCGGUGGUUGAUGGAGGUGGUGCCGCCAUAUAUGUCGGUGGAGAGGCAGUGGUCAUCGGUGGGGCGGCGGUCGGCGGCGGCUUUGGCUUGGAGGGGGUAAAAUAUUUUGGUGCCGAGGCUGGGCCUUGAGCCAUGGAUAAUGCUACAAGAGCUAGUAACAUUGUGAGGGUGAGCAUGGCACGUGUGAGAGCCAUGGCUCUGUGAAACUGGAGUGCCACAGAAACGGAAAAUAAGGUUGGAUAGAGCAAGAGCUGAGACACAGUGAGUGAGUGAGAGAGAGAGAGAGAGAGAGAGAGAGAGAGUGAGAAUUAUGUGAGGAAUAGGGGUUGGAGAGGUG